UUCUCUGAAGUAUACGUGGCUUACCUGCAAUUGUAACUGCGUCUGCAGCGGUCUGCAGACACCACAAGCUGAUGCCUCUCCCCUGGCAGCUUUGCUUGUAGUUUACCUGCAAACAGCAAGUGAAUUUCGUCCUAUACCGAAGGCAGCUGAUUCGUUAACAAAGAUGGGAUGGAAAAGUUCUAUAGCCAUUCAUUUAGGAUUUUGGCUCUACUUAGUGGGAGGAGGAUUGAUUUACUAUUACAUUGAAAAUCCUAUGUACCAUCUUCCACCGGUGGAAAAACCGAUGACAAUAAACGCCACUUUCUGCCAAGAUUUGAUGAAUUCAGUUGAAUAUUCCGUAACACUCAGUGCAGGCGACGUGAAAGCUGAAAACAACUGUUUCGAAAAAUGGUUCGAGGUGGUUAGAGAAUCUUGCAACAACCUGACUUUGAAGUUGGAAAAUGCUACCGAUAUAAACGGAACUGGAGACCCUCCCUGGGAGUUUUCAAGUGCCCUGUUUCUGUGCAUGACCAUUCUCACCACUAUCGGUUACGGAGCUUACAGUCCCAAAAGCAAUUGGGGGAAGGUAUUUUGCAUAUUUUACGGCUUUGUCGGAAUCCCGAUAUGCGGAGUAGUCCUCGCUUCGACUAGCGACUAUUUCAGCAACAUAUUUCUGUACUUGUACGAACGCCGACAGAAAAAGCAGAAAAACGACAAUAAGCAACGCAGUAUUUUUAUAGCAGCCAUCAUCUUUCUUAUUCCCGGAUUGGCUGUCUUCAUCUUCUUUCCAGCCGCAUUAUUCGUUGUCAUUGAAGGCUGGUCUUACUUGGAUGCAACAUAUUUUUGCUUUAUAACACUCACAACUGUGGGAUUUGGAGACAUUAUUGCAGCUCAGCAAACGAAUAGCAAGCUGUUGUGGCUGUACCGAAUUUCUUGGAUUAUCUGGGUUACGCUGGGCAUUGCGUAUUGGGCGAUUGUCAUCAAUUUCAUCACCAAGGCUUUAAAGUCAAAAAAAUUAAGGGAAAAAUGGACAAAAACGAGCAACGCACUCUCGGCACAAGCGCAAGAAAUACGGCGAGUAGUUAUCCGUCUUCCUCGCACACUUUCGAGCAGUACACUGAAAUCUGUUGGACAAAACGACAGUCUGUUCACUGCUCUCAAAACCAAAUCUGCAUUUGACUUCGCUUUACAUUUCACGGAUUCCUUGGGGAAAUCAUUGACUGAACCUGAACGUAUUAAGUGUCUUGCCGAUAUCGUCUCGGCUUUCGAAACCGCUCCCGCUGCUGAAAUGGGAUCAGAGCUAAAACAACGACAAUCAGUUGCGGAUCCACCUACCCCUGAUUUAACUAAACGUAAGCAACUUUCCUUGGCUGCCGAUAUUGCGGCGGCCCUAAAAUCCUUUCCUGGAAGCGAAUCAGACGAACAACUACACCACCAACAAUUUAUGGAUCAACAUUCCCCCAUUUUAGCUGAACGGAAGAGUCUUUCUCUGGCCGAUAUCGCCAAAGCUUUCAGAUCCGCUUCUGGCUACGGACUAGACCAACACCAACAAGAUCUGGUUAUGAGUCCGUCAACCCCCGUUUUAGAUGGACUUAGGAGCCUUUCUCUUAUCAAUCUCAUACCGUCACAAUCAGAAAUGAAUCCAACUACCCCCAGUUUGCCAAAACGCAAGUUUUAUUCUCCUGCCUAUUUCGGAACGGCCUUCGAAUCCGCUUCCGGAUUAGAUCCGCACCAACAAUCCGAUGCCGUUCAGCCCCCCGCUGAACACGAUGAGGUUCAAACCUCAACACAAAAUGAUGGGUUGUCUUCUUGGCCAUCUUCCUUUAACGCCCCGCCUACCAUUAGGGUUACAGAUUCAAGAAAUAACGAUGAUAAUGUGUCCAUCCCCAUUUUCUAUUUUUCUUUAAAUCCUCUUCUUCGGGGACUUCUCAUUGAAGCGUUACUGAUCCUGAAUGAAGCUGAAACUAACGGAACAAUUCUGGAUAAGAAUUGAUAUACCAGCACACCAACUCUCAUUUAUCUUUAACUACAGUAAUAAUAGCAUUAUAGCUUUAAUCUAUUAAAUACGGAAAGUCAUGGAAUGAUGAGAAUAUGACGGAAUCGGAUAGCCGGUUAAGUCACGAUGAGCCAUCUAGCGGACAUGAUUAUAACAUUUACUUUAAAGUUGUGAAGCCGCUUCAAUUCGAAAAAUCUGAACAACACUGGAGCGGUGUAAUCCGGGCAGAAACUGGACACGCUACUUUGAUUGAUGUUAACGGGAUGUAAGAAUAAAUUCAGAAAGUCAUCCAACAAGUUCAUAAUAUAUAAACUGGCACAUUCCGCAAUAAUAA